UUCACCCAUAAUUCCUGGCAUUCUUCCGGUUUCCUUUAUAUGAUUUCUAAGAUGGCGGACCGGCGACGGCGAAGGAGGCGCGCGUCCCAGGAUAGCGAGGAGGACGAUGAAUCUGGUUCGGGAUCGGAAAGUGGAAAGUCCCUUUCGCCAACGACAAAGCCCCGAGUACGGGAACCUGAGCCAGUUGAGGCACCAGCUGUUCGUGUGGUGCCGAAAAACGAUGCUGAAUCCGAGUGUGAAAGUGAAGAUGGCGUAGGAGAAGCUGUCCUUUCUGACUAUGAAAGUGCAGAUCCUGAGGAGAAUGCCUCCCAUUCAGAGGGAGGUGAGGAGGAAGAGGAGGAGGAGGUCCCUCCACCGGCUGCUGGGCCCAAACCCAGUCCUACUGCCGACACCCCUGCUGCAGAGGGGGAGCUGCAGGAAGGAGGGGGGAAGGUAGAGGAGGGGGAGAAAGGUUUGAGUAAAGAAGUGAAGUGUGAAGAUAAAGGCAACCUGGCAGGGGAGAGGCAAAGCGGGGAUGGACAGGAAAGCACAGAAGACUCUGAGAAUAAAGGUGCUAAACCAGGCCAGAAGCUGGAUGAUGACCAGGAUCGUAAUAACCCAGCCUAUAUCCCCCGUAAGGGAAUGUUCUUUGAGCACGACGUCAGAGGAAACGCACAGGAGGAGGAACGGCCGAAGGGUCGUAACAGGAAGCUGUGGAAGGAUGAGGGUCGCUGGGAACACGAUAGGUUCAGGGAGGAGGAGCAGGCACCCAAGUCACGUGAGGAGCUGGUUGCAAUCUACGGCUAUGACAUCCGCAACGGAGGUGUCUCCAAUGAGCGGUCCUAUAGACAGCGCAAGCCCAGACACAGCACCUCUCCAGUCCGGGACAAGCGCUGGCGGGAUGGAGACGGGGAGAGGCCCAUCCAUACCUCCUGGCAGCAGGGAGGGAACCCCAACAGCCGUAGCACUCCCCUAGCCGUGGCCCUGCAGCAGUCUGGUCCUCCCCCCUCAGCAGCCCCCAACACCCAGCGCAACAACAACCCCCCCAGGCCCUCCUCCCACCCCCCACCCCGGGGCUUCCAGGGCAACCGUCCCCCCCAGGCCCAGUACAAGAAUGACAGACACCAGGAGUCUCAACGGCCAGGCCCCAAGGCCGAGCCCCUCCAGACCCGGAGCCUACCGCCCAUGGACGGGGAACGAGGCCCCAGGGGCCGUGGGAACAGAGGGGCCCAUACGGAGCGCAGCUCUUCGGUAGUGGUGGAAGAGAUCCGCAGUGAGGAGGAUGACGAGCGCAACACGACAGUGACAACGUCUCAGUCCGUCUACCACAAUCGCCACUACAGUGGCAAGGGAGAUCGAGAAAGGGACUCAGCGCCACGGCGACAGGAGCAGCAGCGAGGGGGAUCUGCUCCUCCGGCAGACAACCCGGUUACCCGCGAUGCCUCCCCGGCUCCGGAGCGGCCCGUGGAGAAGAAGUCGUACUCCCUAGCCAGGAGGACUCGCACCCGGGCCACUGAGCUGGACAAGCAGGCCUCUCUUGAGGAGCCUGCCUCCACCGUGUCUUCCUCGGCACUGACGAGUGAGCCGUGGCAGGGCCCCAGUCAGAGCCAGGGGGAUGCUGGAGACAGUAGCCAGGCGACGGUACUCACAGGGCUGGACCAGGACCUGGCCAGACUAAGCCUGGCUGGACAGAACUGGGCCCAGAACCCAACUUCGUUUCUACGCGCUGAGAUGAGGGGCAUCCCGAACUCUAUGCACAUGGGUGGAGCACCUCCACAAUACAGUAACAUAGAAGAGCUGGGAGCUGGUAACCGGGCAAAGCGGUACUCGUCCCAGCGCCAGAGGCCAAGCCCGGAGCCCGCUCCUCCUAUGCACAUAGGGGUCAUGGAAAGCCACUACUACGAGCCCAUGUCUUACCAAGGACCAAUCUAUGCCCACGGCGACAGCCCCGCCCCCCUCCCACCCCAGGGUAUGCUGGUCCAGCCUGAGAUGCACCUCCCCCACCCAGGCCAUCCAGGACACCCAGGUCUACACCCCCACCAGUCGAGUGGCCCCAUGCCCAACCCAGCUCUCUAUGCUGCUCCCCCCGUCUCCAUGUCCCCUGGGCAGCCCCCUCCACAGCAGCUGCUGGCCCCGCCCUUCUACCCUCCGCCAGGGGUCAUGACCUUUGGGAACACCAACUACCCCUACCCGGCAGGAGCCACCCUGCCCCCCAUGUACAACCCGCCGGCCCAGUCGCAGGUGUACGGCCAGUCGCAGGUGUACGGUGGGGUGACGUACUACGAUCCAAUGCAGCAGCAAGCCCAGCCCAAACCCUCGCCUCCCCGGCGCUCCUCCCAGCCCGUCACCGUCAAACCUCCCCCACCAGAGGUAGGGUACGGCCCGGAGUGAGCCCCAAACCCCCAGCGACCCAACAACCGGCCCGGAGUGGGAAGGCCAAUCAGGAGGUCAGAUCCUAGCAUGGCGUUCCAAACGGCUACGCCAGUUGGAAGAGAGCGAUAGACAUGGAGACAGAGUCUGCUAUCGAGGACCAGCACCACAUGUGGAGCGGAUUAGUUUAUUUUUAUGUUAUCUGGGAUGUUAUCCGCCGUGUGUUCAGGUGCCACAUUGGUUGGUUGCCCACAAUACUGAAGGGUUGUUGUUUUGGUUCACCUACCAGUGUUUUGCCUCUGAGGGGAGUGCGGUCUUAAAAACCCUAUAAAACGUAACCAUAGAAAACCGUUAACGAAAGCCCUCGAUAACAACUCCUCUGUAAACAUUACGUGACACCCGACACCAAUGACAUUCGUAGAUAUUUGUUCCUUCUAACAAUCUGUCGUUCAACUGUAGGUAUAUUCAUGCAAAAAAAUGUGUUGUAAGCUCGAACAAAUGUUUAGGACUGGCUUAAAUGUGUCAUGUGAGUAUUACGGAGAGAAUCUAACUGGGAUAGUUGGUCAUUUUAUAUGGGUUAGCUAGAGCUGUUUGUCCCACCCACCACAAUCCUGCUCAUUUUGUAGCCAACAUUUACACUCCCCUACGUAUUUAUUUGAACAGUGGAGCAAAAGUAUGACUGUCCCUCUACUCCAGCAUUUUGGAUUUGAGAUCAAAUGUUUCAUACAAGGCGACAGUACAGAAUGUCUCUUUUUUUAAUUUGAGCUUCUCUUUUUUUAGAAAUGAACGCCAAACAUUUUGAAGAUGUCAUAAAUAUUUGGAUGAAUUCACUUGUGUGUUAAAGUAGUCAAGUUUCUGAACACCUCUACAUUAAUGUGGAUACUACCUUGAUUACAGAUACUCAUGAAUGAAUCUUGAAUAAUGAUGAGUGAGAGUUUGAGCCACAAAGAACUUAAGAACUUUCUUACUCGUAAUUAUUUGCGAUUUAUUUGUGAUUAUCCGUAGUCAUGGAGACAUCCUUAUUAAUGUUCUAAAACAUUCUACUUUUUAUUUACAAUACGUGACUCCCAAAAUGACAAUACAUUAUUUACCAUUCAUUUCUAUUGGGCACAACAUAAUCUGACACAACCAAAACAAACUGCAAAUGCAUCCAAGUUUGUAGUUUAACAAGCUUGAUGUCAUUGCGUGCAAUGAAUAUGGGACCAAGUACUACACUUGACUACUUUAAUACAAAGUGAAUUUGUCCAAAUACUAAUGACACCUUCAAAUGGGGGGGGGGGUAGUAGAUGCAUAAAGUGCUUUACUUUCGAAACAUAACAGAUUUGUAUGGAAGUAUUUUCCAAUUUAAUGGUGACAAUCUUUAGUCACUGUAUAAAACAUUUAAAUCUCAAAGAAAAAUGCUGAAGUAUAGAGCCGAAUGGAGGGGGAAAAAUGUUGCUUCACUGUCCAAAUAAAUAUGUAGUGUCCCAUUUUUUCCAUCUCGCAACAGCAUCGUAGGCCUUAGUUAUUAUUUUUAUGUUUUCGAGUCUUGUGAACGCACACUUUUUUAGAUAAAGAUUAAAACCUAUUAUACAGAUGGUGCUUACUUAUAGCUAGUACCCUACAAUUUCAACAACUUAUUUUCGAGUUUUCUUUAUACCUUCCACAUUGCCCAGUUUCUUUUAGUUAUUUACGUAAUACUGUAUUACCAGAGAACCAUUUAACCUGGCCUGAAACUGAUGUACUUGACAGUGCUACUGCUUUCUAAUGUAAGUGUAUAUAGAUAAAUGUAUAUUAAAGCCUGUGGUUUAAAUAAGCAGAAAUACUACCACCUUGUUAUCAAAUACAUGGUUAUGAAUGGAUACAUUUUUUUUAUUUUUUAAACGAGGCUAACUCUUGCUUUUGAAAUGAAAUGGUUGUUUGGAAGUUUGCCGUUUCCAUUUUUUACCCCUCGGAGUCCUUUUGUGAAAGUGGAGAGACUGGUGAGGCCACUCUACCACUAAAAUGGAUAUGAUUUGUCUGUUUGCAGAACAUACUGCUGAUCCCAAAUGAUUUUCCCUAAAGAAAAUUCUGUUAACUUAGGCUUUCGCCAGGCAGCCAAAUUCUGAAUGUUUUCCACAAUCAGAUAUUUUUCAGAUCUGAUUGGUCAAAAGACCAGUUAGUGGGGGGGGGGGGUCAGAACGGGCUGUCUGUCUAAAAGCAGCCAAGUACACCUAACAUACAUGCAUGUUAUACAUACAUACAUAGAUAUGAUUGUGAAAGUAAUUCAGUUGGUGCUGGUGGCUGCACACUGUUUUUUUUUUAUUUUACCUUUAUUUAACCAGGCAAGUCAGUUAAGAACAAAUUCUUAUUUUCAAUGACGGCCUGGGAACAGUGGGUUAACUGCCUGUUCAGGGGCAGAACGACAGAUUUGUACCUUGUCAGCUCGGGGGUUUGAACUCACAACCUUCCGGUUACUAAUCCAACGCUCUAACCACUAGGCUACCCUGCCGUUAUAGUGAGUCUGCCCAAAAAGGGCAAGUUAUUGAUGCAACUUUAAAUUGGCUUUUUUUUUUUUUUUUUUUUAAACCCUCCUGUAUCAGUAUAAACUGAAUUGAGUUGUAAUUCAAAGUUUUUUUGUUUAGAAACGGCUGGUAAGAAUGUUUUUAAAUGUUUUAUUUUCUUUGCCUUAAGGAUAAAUUGGUUUGACAUGUUUAAUUUGACUAGACCUGCCAACACUGUGAGGGCUUGUUUGUUUCAUAGAUGUUUGAAUAUAUAUACAAGUUUUCUUGAUUGUGGAGCAAGUUUUGUUUAGACUGAGAAACAUUAAACAGAAUCUAGGAAAAAGAU